UCCAGCCAUUUUGUCGGUCGAUACUAGUCUGUGGAUGGGGGAAUCUUGCUGGCCGCUGGCUGGAACCUGUUGCUCCGUAGUUCCGUGUUGUGCAAUGGACGGCAGUGUCCACCACGAUAUAACAGUUGGUACUAAGAGAGGAUCUGACGAGCUUUUGUCCAGCGUCUCCAACGGCCCGUAUAUCAUGAGCACCACAGGUCAGGAAGCCAAUGGCAACGACAGCAAGAAGUUCAAAGGUGACGUCAGAGGCCCCAGCCUGCCGUCCCGGGUCAUCCACAUCCGCAAGCUGCCCGGCGACAUCACCGAGGCCGAGGUGAUCAGCCUGGGCCUGCCGUUCGGCGACGUCACCAACCUGCUGCUGCUGAAAGCCAAGAACCAGGCCUUCCUGGAGAUGAACUCGGAGGAAGCAGCUCAGAACAUGGUGGGUUAUUACUCCUCAGUGAUGCCCGUCAUCAGACACCAACCGGUCUACGUUCAGUUCUCCAACCACAAGGAGUUAAAAACCGACAAUUCUCCCAACCAGGAGAGGGCCCAGGCUGCUCUGAGGGCCCUCAGCUCCUCCCAUGUGGACGCGCCCAUGGCGGCGCCCAGCAGCGUGCUGAGGGUGGUGGUGGAGAACCUGCUCUACCCGGUCACUCUGGACGCGCUCUGUCAGAUCUUCUCAAAGUUCGGCACCGUGCUGAGGAUCAUCAUUUUCACCAAGAACAACCAGUUCCAGGCGCUGCUGCAGUAUUCAGACGGGACGUCGGCCCAGGCGGCCAAGCUGUCUCUGGAGGGACAGAACAUCUACAACGGCUGCUGCACCCUGAGGAUCAGCUUCUCCAAACUCACCAGCCUCAACAUCAAAUACAACAACGAGAAGAGCCGAGACUUCACCAGGCCUGACCUGCCGUCCGGAGACAGCCAGCCCGCCAUGGAGCACCCGGCCAUGGCCGCGGCCUUCACUCCAGGAAUCAUCUCUGCUUCACCGUACGCCGGGGCGACUCACGCUUUUCCUCAGGCCUUCGCCAUCCAGCCAGCCAUGUCAUCCCACUAUCCAGGCCUGACGGUCCCCACGCUGCCUGGGACUCUGGCCUCUCUGGCUCUCCCCGGCGCCGCCAGGCUGGGCUUCUCCACCAUCCCGCCGGGACACUCGGUUCUGCUCAUCAGCAACCUGAACCCUGAGAGAGUUACGCCCCACUGCCUCUUUAUUCUCUUCGGUGUUUAUGGGGAUGUGGUGAGAGUGAAGAUCCUGUUCAACAAGAAGGAAAAUGCUCUGGUCCAGAUGAGCGACAGUACUCAGGCUCAGCUAGCCAUGAGCCACCUGAACGGCCAGCGGCUGCACGGGAAGCCUCUUCGCAUCACGCUGUCCAAGCACACCAGCGUCCAGCUUCCUCGGGAAGGCCACGAGGACCAGGGCCUGACCAAAGACUACAGCAACUCCCCCCUGCACCGCUUCAAGAAGCCUGGUUCCAAAAACUAUUCAAACAUCUUCCCGCCUUCGGCCACCUUGCACCUCUCUAACAUCCCCCCGUCUGUAGUUGAAGAUGACCUGAAGUUGCUGUUUUCCAGUUCUGGAGCCAUCGUCAAGGCCUUCAAGUUCUUUCAGAAGGACCAUAAGAUGGCUCUGAUCCAGAUGGGUUCGGUGGAAGAGGCCAUCGACUGUCUGAUCACGUUCCACAACCACGACCUGGGAGAGAACCACCACCUGCGGGUCUCUUUUUCCAAGUCCUCCAUCUGAGCCGCCGCCGCCUCUUCCAUGGCGUCCACUACACUCCAAUCAUUCCGACGCACGUCUGCAGAAACCACCGUGAAGUCUGCUGUGAUGUUAAAUUAUUGUUGUUUUUUUUGAAGCUUUUAAACUCUUUACCUUUUAAAAAGAAGGUAGGAAUAGAACGUAGAAGCUCCACUUCAGAGGCGGUUCUCUGAAGGGCUGCAGGUUCUCUCUACAAUCAGAGAAAAGUCAGUAUUCUGAGUUUUAACUGUUUAAUACCAGGUCAGAUUUGUUUGGUUGUUGUCUCAAUCUAAUGUCCUCCUUGUUGGGAAGUGAGUUUUUUUAUUUUUUUUAAGCCUCUUUUGCCUUUUGACUUUAGGCCCAUGUUUAGGGGAUUAAAGUCCGCCUUUACAAAAGAGCACGAAAUGUUAAAAUACUGACUUUUAACUCAGAAUGAUCACUUUAAUCUCUGAUUCUUGUUGUCACCUGAUUUAAAAAAAAAGAAGAAAACUAAGGUUGUAAAUAAGGAGCCCUGAUGAUGUUUGGGGAGCCGUAGCUGAACCUUGUGACCGUCAGAUUUCACGCAGGCGUCCUGUGGAGACGCCUGCUUUGACCUUAACAGGACCCCUGUGCCUUAUUCCCACUCAAACACAAACAAACACAGCCUCUGCGAAUUGGCAAAAGCACGUUUACAUUAGAUAAAGGUUUUCUGUCGAGAUGUAUUACAGAUAUAUUCCUAUUUUUGUGUCUUUUAUUGGUGUUGUCAGUGCUCUUAGUGUUUUGUAAUGUUGGUUACUGUAGCAGCAAACGUGUGAACUCAGCGUGUUUUUAGCAGCUUCGCUACGUCCUUAGUCUAGGUUUAAGUUUAUUUCUUAUUGCUUUCUGGCUCUUUUUUUUUUUCAUUUCCAAAUAUGCAAUCAUAAAGUAAUCAUAUAUAUCGUAGCAAUAUUUUAAUCAUUCCUGAUCUUUGUGUUUUCUUUCAUGUUGGUGAGCUCGACUGUUGUCGCUGGCUUCUUCGAUCCGAAGAUGAAUGUUUUUUUUUGUUUUUGUUGUUUUUGUUGUCAGCCACGUGUCUCUCGGAAAGGUUUUUUUUUUUUUUUAUUUAUACGUUUGUGAUCCACUACAGCUAAAACCAAAAACAGCCUUUUUUUUUAGAUGCAAACAAUGUCACCUGCCUCAGGUUUCUGAUUUUAAGGACUAAAAAAAAAAACGACAGUGGUGUCUUUAGUUUCCCUGUGAAAAAACUCGCGGCUCCGCUGGACUCGGUCCACUGCCGUGACUCGGCUGUCGUUGCGUUGAGUGCCUUCAAGCCAGCGCCGAAGUCCAACAUCCUUUUGAUGCUUUAGUGAACGUUUGGGCCAGAAGACGCCGUCUUCUUAAUAUUAUGAGCUGUCGACAUUCCAGCCACGUGGAAGUAGAGGAGGUAGAGGAGUCGGGUUAGGCAGAAUCUGCUGCUGUUCAGGCGGCUUAAAAACCCAAGAAGGAACGUAAAGUGGAGAAAAAGCUGCUGUCCAACAAAACCGCGUCUCAUCCGUGUCCUCCAUUAACUACAGGGAGUUGACACUUUUUACUUUAUUAUAAAGGGUCUUUUUCCAGCUCUUCUUGGUUUAAAUUAAUGUUACAAGUCAGAUUAUUUUAAUAACUUUAUUUUUUAAAUAUGGGUGGGGGGUUAAAAAAUCUUCAAAGUUCUAAAAAUCCCCUAACAACUCUUAAAAAUUAGACUUCCUUCUGCAUGUUUACAGCUUUUUCCUUUUUUGAGCAUCUCCACCUCACUGGGGAUUUCCCCCUAAUGCUCUGAUUGGUCAGAUCUGAUGGUCCGAUCAGGCUCCGCCCACCUACCAGCAAGCGAAUCAAACGCAUUGAACUUUCACAUCUGGAUCUGUUUAUUGGACACGGAUGCUUUCUGUUUGACUUUUGUUAAAGUCUCCAUUAAAGCCAGAGAAUGAGAAAGAUGUUAAUAAAUAACGGUUUCUGUUCCCAAAGCAAGCAAUCUCCUCUGAUUGGUCCGCUGUCUGGCUCCGCCUACUACUCAGGAUCAUCCAAUGAAAUUUAAAAUUCAAAGGAAGCUUUUUUUUUUUUUUUAUAUCGGUCUAGAAGUAAGCGUGAUUCUUAAAACUGAUUCUCAAAAAAAAAAGAAAGUAACGCUUAGUCAUAGAUAUUUCUGUUUGGAUACCAUUCAGUGCUUUAAAAACGAUUUAAGAAAAAAAAAACUGUCUGACAUCCCGCCGGUUUCUGUACUCUCGCGAGUUUUGAGGAUUUCUCAUCAUCUUAUAAGUGGACCAAUGAGAACGCUCCAAGAUGCUGGACUUCUUGUCCAUUAUGUAGACAAGCUGUGAAACCUGUGAAUAAACUUUUAACCUUAAACACGACAACCUGGCGACGUGUACAGCUUCUCCCUGGGUGCCCCUGAAUGCAUCACGAGCUUUUUCUGAUGGGAGGGGGGGUCCGACUGUACAUACAUGUUUUAUAGACGGCUGUCUGAGGUGAUUGUUGGUUUUAUAUCCAAUGAAACGUGUAUAUUUUGAUUCGAGUGCAACCGGUUCUGAGCCUUACAUUGUGUCACAAAGAAAAACAAUAAAAAUAAAUUUGUUUUUUUUUUAAAA